GUAGGAGACGUCUUAAUAACGAUAUAAAAGCAAAAGUGCUGAGUCAAUUCUUCAUCUGGUUCCCUCGUCUUCUCUAUUGUUCUCACUAAACUCUCUGAGCUCCAGUGUUUGACUUCAGGACUUCAGCGGCUGCUCAGUGCAGAUCUUUAGUGUUGUCAGGAGGUCCAGGACCUUAGCCACCUUUUAGUGAAGGACUUCUAACACAUCAGACGCCUGAGACAAAGGCUCACUGUCAUUUAAAGAUUAGUUUGAGCAGUCGCUUCAAUACGUUGAAAUUAUGCAACAAAGACAUUAAGAUAAAGGGGUGGCGAUGGCCUAGUGGUUAGCUCGAGGGCCACAAUGUGCAGAGACCGUAGGUUUGAUUCCGACCUGUGGGCCCUGUCCUGCAUGUGGGACGGAGCAGGAAGUGACUCUGGCGUCUCGUUGGUUUCACAAACCUAAACAGCUGUUUUGUUUGUUUCUGUCUCUGUGUUCAGGUUUCUCCUGGACCACCCCGCAGUGUGUCGGGGUCAGACCGUUCUGGAUCUGGGCAGCGGCUGCGGAGCCUCCGCCAUCGCCGCCAUUCUGUGCGGUGCCGCUCAUGUAGUGGCUAACGACAUCGACCCUGUGGCAGCCGUGGCGACGCACAUGAACAGUGAGCUGAACGGCCUGCAGCCUCCUGUGUGUCUCACCCACAACAUCAUCGGUUCACCGCCCGCCGCCUUCGACCUGAUCCUGCUGGGCGACAUGUUCUACGACCAGUCCCUCGCCACCAGCCUGCACAGCUGGUUGAACCGCUGCAUGGAGACCCACGGCACCAAAGUCCUGAUCGGAGAUCCAGGAAGAGCUCAGUUUGAGGAGCAUGCCAUCCGACGCCUCCUGAGGCCGCUGGCUCAGUUUGAGCUGCCCGACAGUGUGAGAGAGGAGAACUACGGCCUGAGCUGCAGCGGCGUCUGGAGCUACACACCUGAACUCUGAACACCUGAGAGAAUUAUUCUUCAAGAAAACAUGGACUGUGUGAGGUUGAGAGGACUCUGUUUUAUUUUAAAGUCACACAAACAAGGAAGGUUGGUACAUUUCCCAAUCUGAAUGAUCACUUCUUUUAGAUAUUUUAAUGAUCAGCUGUAUCAAAACAACUCCCUCUCUUCUGUCUGUGUUCAGGAGAGGAAGCAUGGCGCCGUGCUGCUGCUGCUCCGGUAGCCUGGUUAGCAGGGCGGGGCGAUAUGACCUCAAAUCAAUAUCACGCUUAAAGGCAGGGUUGGUCAUUUUCUAAAACUAGCCUGAUGUUGAAAGUAGCAUUCCCUCAGUGCUGCGUCUGCAGUCAGGAGCAGUCCUCCUCAAAUGAUUUCCAUGUUUUCAGGAGUGCAGAUGUAAAAACGGCUGUGAUGUCUGGUUUCAGUUUAACAACUACACACACUCACAAUGUGUGUUUCAUAUUUCAUUUUUAAUUUAUCCUUUAUUAAUCACUCUGUUUAAUAAACAUGAACACACACAUGAACAAACAGGAUCCUGUGGACAUGCAUUAAUGGAGAGGUCUCAGAGUGAGGGGGCGGCCCACAGCGAGCGCUCCAGAGCAGUUUUGGGGUUCAGUGCCUUGCUCAAGGGCAGUGCUCAGGAAGUGGACUGGCACCUCUCCAGCUACCAGGCCAGGGACUUGAACUGCCGACCGUCUACCGCAACUGCCGCCCGCAUUUCAAUCAAAGACAAACACAGUUGUAUGUGAGAUGGAUAUACUUGUAUCUUCAAACACACACACACUCUUUCUUCACACACAGGAGGCAGAGAGCACCUCCGUACCAGCAGUGGAUUAUCUCAGGAAUGUUUUUUAUUCAUUCAUUCAUUUAAUGAGGUGCAAUAGCGUGACAAACUGGUGACAUAUACAUGACAAAUAAGGCAGAGAAAAAACAAACAGACAAGGUCAGGACAGCAACGACAAAAUACAAUAAGAAAAGAAAGACGGCAAAAAUACUGAGACAUCAACAGACAGACUACAACUGAUCUUUCUUUCUUCCAGCCCGCCCCUCGGUGACCUCUACCCUACAGUAGUUUAUAUCUGAAUGCCUUACAGACCAGUUUCUCUCUCUUCAGAGAUCAAUCCUGAACAGGAGUGUGACCCGGCCGGGGCUACGUGUGAAUCUGACUCCAGCAGAGUCAUCAGGCUGCUCACUUUGAAGCAGCUGGAUAAGAGCUCGGCUGCUGUUUGGAUCAAGCUUUGAAUGUUUGUCCAGCAGGUGGCGCUGUUGCUUUAAAAUGAGCUGAGAAUCAAACAGACCAUCAAUUCAAAUCCAAUCAAACCUCCUCUGCCAUCAGUUUUAUUUUUCAGACAAGUGAGCAGACUGAAAACAGGAACUGUAAUGUAUUAUUACUACUCAACGUUUUCACAUGUAGGUGGCUCUGACUGCUGCGUUCAGGGACAUAAUAAUAAUCACUGAGGACGUUCAUGUCCUGCUCUGAAUCGUCUUCAAGAAAUAUUAAAAUGUUUAAUAUUAUUUAUAGAUUAUAUUCAAGCAUACUGAGACCUGUCUUCUGUUGUAAGGAUAUUAUUUAGUCUAUAAUGUGUCAAAAUAUAAGUAAAUAUAACAGAUUGAUCAACUAAACAGGAUAUUUCUCAGUUUUAACGUUGAGCCCCCGAGAGGUUUACUGCACAUUUAAGUCUUGCUGUUGGGAAAUAAAACUUACAGAUAAGAUCAAUAAAAAACAAAUUGGAUAAUUUGAAACAA